AUGGCUCCGCGGGCGAGCGCGCGCGCGCAGAGCUCCAGGCGCGGGAAAAAGCCGCGCGCUGCUGCGCUGGAGAAGGAUAAGGGGGAGAAGGGGAGAGAAAGUCGUACUCGCCUCGACCUCGACCUCCGCCGGGAAGCAGGUCCUGCCGGCUGCGCUGCUCGCCUGGAAGCAGAUCCCGCCGGUGAGCCUCCUCCCCGCCUGGCAAGACCCGCCGGCGACGCUGCUCCCCGCCGGUCUCCUUCCUCCUCGACGAGCUCAUCCCCGCGGGUCGUGCUCCUCCCCGUCGGGAAGCAGGUCCCGCCGGCUGCACUGCUCGCCUGGAAGCAGAUCCCGCUGGCGAGCCUCCUCCCCGCCUGGCAAGACCCGCCGGCGACGCUUCUCCCCGUCGAUCUCCUUCCUCCUCGACGAGCUCGUCCCCGCGGGUCGUGCUCCUCCUCGCCGGUCUCUUCGCCUUCGUCGCCAGAAGCUCCUCCCCGCCGGUCUCCUCCCAAGGGUCAAUCUGAAACUGCAAGUGGAACAGAGGGAGCAACUGUCUUGAGAAGGAAUUCAGAUGAUGUGGGAUGGGAGUAUGGGGUUCUUGUUGAUCCGAACAACAAGGACAAGGUGAAGUGCAUACUGUGUGACAAGCAAAUGUUUGGAGGGGUUUAUCGGUUGAAGCAACAUAUCGCCCAGGAAGGAAAGAAUGUGAAGAAAUGCCAGGGCACGAAGACCACCAAAGAGAAGUUGCUAGAGGCUCAAGAAAAGUGCAAGAAAGCACUAGAUGAAGCAAAAAGGAAGAGGGAGGAGAAGAUUGUUCGUGAGCUAGAACUUAUAGAGGAAGUUCAUGUAUCUAGGGUUCUAGGGUCAGAGGAAGUCACUUGUGUUGGAAGUUCAGAGCCUCACAAAUUAGGCCCCAUGGACAAAUGGACAAAAGCUAUUGAUCCUACAGCAACCAAAUCUAAAUCUUUGACUCAACAGAAGCUGAACAAGGAACUUUGGAAAGAAAAAUUACAUGAGUUCAAGCAAAUGUGUGAAGCAAUUGAACAAUUUAGGCCUGGAAUUGAACCUCCAACUAUGUUUGACCUGCGAGGAAGAUUGUUGGAAGAAGAAUAUGCAAGAACCAAGAGUUUGCUGCAAGAACGUGAAGCCGAGAAGUUGAAGAAUGGGUACUCUAUUAUGAUCGAUGCUUGGUCAGAUAAGAAGAGGAGAAGCAUAAUGAAUGUGUGCACUAAUUGUGUUGAUGGAACCGAUUUUAUUUCCUCAAAAGAGAUGUCAGAUGUGUCACACACAAGUGAAGUCAUCUUUGAACUAGUGGACAAAGCAAUCGAAGAUAUUGGUCCAAAUGAUGUGGUGCAAGUUGUGACUGACAAUGCUUCUAACAACAUGGGAGCAAAGAAGCUACUGCAUGAGAAGAGACCACAGAUCUUUUGGACCUCUUGUGCAACUUACACAAUCAACUUGAUGCUCCAAGGAAUUGGCAACAUGCCUCGGUUCAAGAAGGUGAUUGACCAAGCAAAGGCAUUCACCAUAUUUGUCUAUGGGCACACAAGAACACUAAAGUGCAUGAGGUACUUCACUGAGGGCAAAGAGAUAGUAAGGCCAGGAGUGACUAGAUGUGAGCCGUCCAUGGGUUUUGUAUAUGGAGAACUAUUAAAGGCAAAGAGACAGGUCAAAGAGGCCCUUGGCAAUAAUGAGUCCCGUUUCAAGGAUGUUAUUGCUGCUGUUGACAAGAAAAUGGCUGGAAGACUUGAUUCUCCAUUGCAUUUGACAGCUUAUUUGCUGAAUCCACACUACAAUUAUGCUGACCCUUCAAUCUUUGAUGCUCCCAAAAUGACAGAAGGAUUUAUCAGUUGUGUGGAGACUUUUUAUUGUCAUGAUGAAGACAUGCAAGAACAAGCUGUCAACAUUGAACUCCAGAAGUAUCAGAAUAGAGGAGGACCAUUUAGCAAGAAGCUUGCAAGGACCUUUGAAAACUUUGAUUAUAAUCCAGCAUCAUGGUGGCGGCUUUAUGGAACUGAAACACCAGCUCUACAGAAGAUGGCUACCAAGAUUCUAUCUUUAACAACAAGUUCUUCUGGUCGUGAAAGAACUUGGAGUGGGUUUGAUGGGGUGCACACUAAGAAGAGAAAUAGGCUUACUACAGACCGCCUCAAUAAGUUGGUCUACAUUCAAUUCAACAACAGGCUGAUUAAUAAGAGAGCAAAGAUCAAGUCAAAGAAAAUUACUGAUGUUCUCUUGUCUAGUGAUACAACUGAAGCUCAAGGUUUCCUCCAAGAGAAUGGAGAUGAUUGUGCAUUAGUUGUCUUUAGAGAUGAGGAAGAACUCAUGGAAGGUACAGGGAUACCUUGGUCUGUGCUUAGAGAUGCAAUGGGAGCAGAAGAACUAGAGCUGCGUAAAAGUGCAAGGGUGAGAGAGCUCUAUGAAGAAGAGUUUGAGUCCGAAGAAGAAGAGUUUGAUGAAGAUGAGGAUGACUAUGUGAUGGAUGAACCCUACUGA